GGCGCCGCUUCACUCCUGUACAGUAGGUGGCGGUCUGGGUACGAGCAGCUCCCUCAAAUCCAACGAAGAAGAAGAAAAACGAGCGGCGCGCUCAGGGUCUGAAUUUGAAUCACGGAAACGAAAAGUCCGCUGCUCUCAAUGGCUCAAGGUCAUAAGUUUCACGACUUGGAGGAGUCGGGGGAGACACUGGUGGCCUUCAUCAACAGCAGCCAGCUGGAGAACCUGAGACGGGUGAAAGAUGAACAUCUGGCGCUGUUUGAUCAACACACGGAGACAAUGAAGACGGCAACACAGAUCCUGAAAGAUUUGGCUCAGAUCGAAGAGAGAACAGGUCAGAGACUGUUGGACAAGGAGCAGGAGAAGAAGCAGAGGGACAAUGAGCUGGGGAUUUUGGAAGAGCAGCUGAGGCAGUGCACAGCCAAGAGCCAAAUCAGUGACUCGGAAAUACAGUUUCUGCAGAGGGAGUUAGAAAGUCUGAGAAACACGGAGCACGAGUUGGAGACUCUUCAGAACGAGGUGGAUGAAGACACCACUGAGGUUAUCCCGUCAGCUGUAUAUGUGGCUCAGGUGUACUACCUAAUAACCAAGAUCAAGUGGGAAUAUGACACGCAACCCAACAUUUUAAAAGGAGUCCACUAUGGUGCAGACCUGGCUACCCCCAUCAACAUCGACACUUCCUCUAAAUCUCGGAGCGACAUAAGCAACCAGCUGUGGAGCUUCGUCAGCACUAAGUUGUAGAUGACGGGCGGAAGUGUCCUCGUUUAUUUACGUUAUUUGUGUUUGUGAGUGUUGUUUUGUUAUGUUCUAUAAAACCCUCCUUUUAAUAAUUAAAUAUCUCAAACCCGG